UUCUAUCCCCCAAACGAAGAAGAAAAUUAACUAGUCAGCUGAAAACCAGAAAGGAAACACCAUAACUCGUAAGAGUGAGACUCAGAAAGUUGCUUUUCCAACCCAAAAUGCCUUUGGCCUCUCGCUUUCUCUAUAGAUCCACUCGCCAGGUGUAUACUGGGCAUAUGAUCCUGCAACCGGAGCAGGCGAGUUCUGCUCGUUCAUUUGCCAAAGCCACUGGUUCUGCUCCCUCUGCUCUGAAGGGUGAUGAGAUGUUGAAGGGAAUUUUUCUGGAGGUGAAAAAGAAAUUUGAGACAGCCCUUGGGAUUCUCCAAAAAGAGAAGAUCACCAUAGAUCCUGAUGAUCCUGCUGCUGUGUCUGAAUAUGCCAGAGUCAUGAAGACUGUAAGACAGAAAGCUGAUCUGUUUUCAGAGUCACAGAGGAUCAAAUACACUAUCGAGUCACGAACACAGGGUAUUCCGGAUGCUCGAUCUUAUUUACUGGCAUUGAAGGAGAUUAGGAUCAAGAGGGGCCUUACUGAUGAACAGGGUGCAGAGGCUAUGAUGAUGGAUGCAUUGGAAAAAGUUGAGCAAGAACUAAAGAAACCACUUAUGAGGAAUGAUAAGAAGGGAAUGGCCCUCCUAAUGACAGAAUUUGAUAAGAUCAACCAAAAACUUGGCAUACGUAGAGAAGAUCUGCCCAAAUACGAAGAACAGUUGGAAUUCAAAAUAGCAAAAGCUCAGCUGGAGGAGCUGAAGAAGGAUGCUCUUGAAGCAAUGGACACUCAGAAGAAGCGGGAGGAGUUCAAAGAUGAAGAAAUGCCCAACGUGAAGUCAUUAGACAUCCGAAACUUCAUCUGAGACUAAAAUUUUCUUCGAACUUUAUUUCUUUUCUUUCGACCUUCAGUGAUCUCCUCAUACGAUUUAAAGGAGAUAUCGUGCUACUGACAGAUUGAAGAGUAUCGAAGACAUAAUAAAGUCUUGUUAUUAAUAAUGGUACGGCAGAAAAUUUGUCUGCAUACGUAUUGAAUCUUGGUUAAUACGUUGCAACGUUUCUUGUUUUUCUGUAUGCCGUUCUUGAGGCCAACACCAAUUCUACUGUAUUUAUACUUGAAAAGUGGAGCUUGUAUUUCCAUUUCUAAUCUUUAACUCCCUAUUGUGACCAGACCA